GUCAAUGUCGUAAAUCUCGCAGAAACUUGGCUGCUGUAGCGUGAAUGUACAAAGAAUCGUGUACAACCGACGUGAAAGCGAGAGAUCUGGGAAUAAAUAUCUAUUUUUGACAUUCGUUGAUGUUCAGGGACAAACAAAGGCGAGCGUUUGCACUAAUCGGAGGCCGCGGCGUAGCCACGUCGGUGAGUAUCGAGCGACGUGAUUGGCUGACGCGCUCUCUCAAGCACAUCCACUGGAAAAGUUAGCGAGAUUGUUUUUUUUUUUCAAAAUGUUCUUUUUCCUGCAAAGCACCGCGCGUCAUUUUCUAUAUUUGGAUGAUGUGCCUCUUUUUUGGUGGGAGGAAGAAGCACGUCGAUGAAUAACCACCAGAGCACCGGCUGCGUCGGCACAUCCGGACGUCGACGUUAAACAUUCGAGGACUUUAUUAUUGUUAUUAUUGCCCUCCUUCCACCGCUGAAGUGAAGACAAAGUUGGGAGCGCCGCCAUGCUGGGAAACGUCGGCGUGUACGCGGUGAAGAGGAGGAAGAAGCCCGUUCAGAAGAACGCCUCGCACCCGCCCGUCAAAACCAACCCGUCCAAGCGCCACCGGGACCGCCUCAACGUGGAGCUGGAGCGCCUGACCAGCCUGCUGCCCUUUUCUGAGGAGGUGCGCGGCCGCCUGGACAAGCUGUCGGUGCUGCGGCUCAGCGUGGGCUACCUCAAAGUCAAGAGCUACUUCCACGAGGGACUCCACAGCAAAAGCGCCGCGCGCCCUCCGGACGACCGAGCGGUGACCCUGGAUGGCGUCAGGUUCUCGGAGGGCGAGUUCCUCCUGAAGUCGCUCAGCGGCUUCGUCUUGGUGGUGACGAGAGACGGCACCAUCUUCUACACCUCGUCCACCAUCCAGGACUUCCUGGGCUUCCAUCAGUCCGACGUGGUGCAGCAGAGCAUCUUGGACCUGGUCCACGUUGACGACCGAGAACUGUUCAGCUGCCAGCUGCAGCCCGGGGUCCAACUGGGCGACGCCACUCCGAUGUUGCCCAUGGACGACUCCUUCUUCCUGGAGAGAAGUUUCUGCUGUCGCCUUCGCUGCCUCCUGGACAACACGUCUGGAUUCUUGGCGCUCAAGUUCUCCGGCCACCUGAAGUACCUGAAGGAGGCGGCGGUGGCGGACAAGGGGAAUCCCCCGCUGGCUCUCUUCGCCAUCGCCACGCCUCUGCAGACGCCGUCCGUCAUGGAGAUCCGCACCAAGACGCUCAUUUUCCAGACCAAACACCGCAUGGACUUUGCGCCCAUGGCCGUGGACACCAGGGGCAAGCUGGUGUUGGGCUUCUCUGAGACGGAGUUGAUCAUGCCGGGGUCCGGCUAUCAGUUCCUCCACGCCGCCGACAUGAUGUACUGCGCCGACAACCACGUCAGGAUGAUGAAAACCGGGGACAGCGGCUUCACUUUCUUCCGCCUGCUGACCAAAAGCAGACAGUGGCUGUGGGUCCAGGCCUCCGCCAGGGUGGUCUUCAAGGACGGGAGGCCCGACUUCAUCAUCGCUCGGCAGAAACCUCUCUCUAAUGAAGAAGGAGAGGAACAUUUCCAGAAGAGAAGACAGCAGCUGCCCUUCAAUGUGACCACGGGAGAAGGAGUCCUCUAUGACCUGGACCCCUUCACCAUCCCCGCCCCAGAAGAGCCCCCCCUGGACCCCGGCUCCAUCCUGGGCUCCUUACGCCGCCAGGACCGCUCUCUCUAUUCCCAGCCGCAGCAUCCCGGCCCCCGGCUCCCCGUCUUCCCCGCCCCGGACGACCCGGACCCCGACCUGCCCCAGCAGCCCCUGGAGAUGGCCUUCCUGGACAGCCGCGCUCUGCUCAGCGUGCCGGGUCAAGCGCGCUCGCCUCGGGACGUCGGGGACCUCACGUCGCGGGUCAUGCUGGACUCGCUGGAGCAGAUCCUGGGGGACAUCGGGGACGGCUUCCUGGACGGCCUGGAGGUGGACCAGAGGGAGCUGAGGGACUGGGAGAGCACGGUCCUGAGGAUGAAUGAAGAGAGGGAACUGAAUGACAUCCUGGCCAACGACGUGUUCUCCUACGUGGAGGAGGCGCUCUUGAGAGAGACGGGAGGGGAUCUGACGGUGCCUUCGGACUCUUCACAGCAGACUUUGACACAUUUGGACCGAGGACAGGAACCUCUAUACCAUCCAGACAUGUCCCUGGGACACGUCUGGCCCGCGAGCGAGGGCGCUUACCAGGGGGGUUCCGCACGCUCUCACCAUCUUGAAGCGCCUGACGUGACUCAUCAGACUUGGCCUCCUACGGCGGCGAACUCCACGUUCCACCACACAGACUCGCACGCGCCAGCCUCGUGGCCUCGCCGUCACCACCACACGCCGGCGUCCGGCAGCUGCAUGUUUGAGCGCGGCCCGGGCCCUCAGGUGGGCGCCAACCCCGCCUUCGCCCACCCGCACGCAGCGGGAGGAGAGUGGAACCCCGCCGCAGGUGAGACGCACGCGCAUUGUCACGCCAGCGGCGAGAUCUCGGGGCAUCCGCUUGAGAACGGAUCGUCGCAGUCCGCCAUCUUCUGCUGGAACGGUCAAGCUCAGGUAAGUGGAGACCGCCCGUCACGCCAAAAUGAUCACCUGAAGGACCCCGAGCGAGUUAAACUAGGGCUGGGCGAUAUGGCUGAAAACUGUAUCACGAUAUCAGGGGCCUCAUGUAUCAAUCCACUUUAUUUCUAUAGCACAUUUAAACAACACAAAUGUUUCCAAAGUGCUGCACAACAAUAUUAAAAACAAUAUUCAAAUAUUAUCCUUAACUCCACUAAUGACUGAAAAAAUAUAUAUAUAUAAAUAUAUAUAUAUAUAAAAACAAUAUAAAAAUAAAUAUGAUUAAAAAGGUAAAACCAAUUAAAACAAUAAAUAAAAAUCUAAAUUGAAAAAAAAAAAGUGUUUUAAUUAUAUAUUAGAAUUGAGAGUUGCGUAGAUUUCUUACUAAAAAUUUACAUUUAAAAAAAAAAUAAUCAGAAAAAAUUCAGAUGUAUUUACCAUUUAAGCCACUAAAUUUUAAAGGAUAAAACAUGUUUUUCCAUAUAUUAGCCAUACCGGAAUAUAAGCCGCGGAUAUAUACGUUGUGAAAUUAGUUAUUUACACAGAAAUAUUUUGUAAAUGUUUAUUUACAUACCUUUUCCCAAAUGGUGUCUGUAACACGGCAGUAAAACGGCGGAUCAGACAAAACAGACCCGCUAGCUGCGCAGGCUAGCUCUCCAAUCAGCUAAGCAACAUUUUAAAGGGUAAAACUAA